UUUGUUACAUAAGUAAAGACAUCGUGAUUAUUUUAGCCGGAGCACUUCGCACUAUCGCAAGUGACGAGCGAGAACCACGACAUCGCGAUACACGUGAUCAAGCGCUACUUCCUGAGCGAGCACGUGCUGGUCCGCUCCAGGAACAUGGACAUCUCCAACGACUGCGCGCUUGACGAAUACCUCAUUAGUUUACUCAAACAAGGAAAUUCAUUAUUCGCGAAAGCUGAAGACGGUACAGUAGCGGGCCUAUGCGUCAGUUUUGCCAGUAGCCCCGUUGACCCUAAGAACCUCAGAAACUAUGCCUUCUAUCGACAGGAUCCCAACACCAAAGAUUUUCUAUACUUCACGGCAAAACUGCAGGAGACACCAAAUCUUUGGGACGUUUUCAAACAAAAAAAAAUUUUUGAGAUCAAAAUGAUAACAGUUUUACCAGAAUUUCGAAGACAGGGCUUAGCAGUAUUCAUGGCAGAGAAGAGCAAAGAACUAGCACGCGAUCAAGGUUACAACGUGAUCCGAAUGGACUGCAUCAAUCCGUACGAUUACAAAAUAGCCGAACGCUGUAUGCUACAGUGCCUCGUAAAAUUCCCUCUGCACAAAGUACGGGGGGCAAACGCGCCAUUUAUAAAACGCAGUUCAGAAUUCAAUCGUUGCGUACGAGUGUACGUGGAGGCGCGCUCACUGCCCGAUGUGGACCGUACCACCGUCAGAAGCCGGCAGCAAGACCUAGAAAGUCUUAUAGAAUGAACCAACGAGUAGGUUUUGGUGCAAAAAGGCUGAAUACAAUGAUUGAGCUGGGUA